AUGAUUUUUUUAUAUUUAAUCACGUGGAUCAGUUUUAUUUUACAAUGCGCUUUGGGCAUUCUCUCCCUUGCAGCUGGACUUUAUUACAUUGCUGAAAUCAUAGAAGAGUACACUCAAGCAACUGAAAGGCUUUUGAGAUACAUGAUUUUCGCAUCAACAGCGAUUUUCGUCGGACUAUUGCUUUUCGAAGGCUUCCCUUUUCUCAUGAUCCUCGUUGGCCUUUUCUCAAAUCUUGUCUAUUUCGGUCUUUUGAGAACUUUCCCGUUGAUCGAGCUUUCCAGCCCGAAUUUCAUCCUUUCGCUGAUUCUGCUGGCUGCGAAUCAUUAUUUUGCUUUUAGCUACUUCGGAGAUGUGUACCACCCAUUCAACGAAGUUCUGGCCUACUUUACUCUACAAGUUUGGUUCGUCCCAUUCACUUUCUUCGUCUCCCUUUCUGCCGGCGAUAACGUAUUGCCCUCGUAUCAGCCUUACGGAGGUCAGGAAGAUGUCAUGAGUCAUUAUAUUGCAAAGGGCAAGAAGCAGCGCUCUGGAAUUUUAUCCAUUCUAGAAUUCGCCCGAGAAGUGAUCCUUCCGUCUCGAGCAAAACGAUUCUAG